AUGGAUAAUGCUUCUUUCAUAGCUUCUUUACUGGCUGGCGCGGCAGCCGGUACGUCGACCGAUCUAGCCUUUUUUCCAAUUGACACGUUAAAAACCCGACUACAAGCUGCAGGAGGAUUCUUCGCCAAUGGUGGUUAUUUCGGGGUGUAUAGAGGACUGGGAAGUGCGGUAGUUGCUAGCGCACCGAGCGCCUCGCUAUUUUUUGUCAGCUACGAUGCUAUGAAAACCUAUUCUCGCCCUGUUUUCAGCAAGCUCAUUACUUCGAGCGAUCAGAUGGCUGAAACAGCAACACAUAUGUUUUCGUCUUCUGCAGGUGAAAUAGCAGCAUGUAUGGUAAGAGUACCUGCGGAGGUAAUCAAGCAGAGAACUCAGACCCACAGAUCGGAUUCAUCGUGGCAAACAUUAAAAAAGCUAUUGCAGAACGAAAAUGGCGAAGGCAUAAGGCGGAACCUUUAUCGCGGGUGGUCAACUACAAUUAUGCGGGAGAUUCCUUUCACAUGUAUUCAAUUCCCACUUUAUGAGUUUCUCAAGAAGAAAUGGGCUCAAACGACGGGCCAAUCUCAAGUGGCACCUUGGCAGGGAGCAUUUUGUGGGUGUUUAGCAGGAGGUGUGGCCGCUGCCACAACCACGCCUCUAGAUGUUUUGAAAACAAGGAUUAUGCUUAGCCACAGCUCUAUACCUGUUAUGCAGCUGGCACGCCAUAUCUACAAAACAGAAGGUUGGGGGGUAUUUUACAGCGGCGUCGGUCCUAGAACGUUAUGGAUCAGCGCUGGCGGUGCCAUUUUCUUGGGCGUCUAUGAGACCGUUCACUCUGUUCUCUUAUAA